AUGGGCGACGUCGAGGAUAGCGAAGAGGAGGACGAUGAGGAGGAGGAAGAAGAAGAAGGAGACAGUGAUGACGAAGAGGAUGGGGAGCCAGACGGCGGAUUGGAAGAGGCGAGCGAACCACCGACUAAGAGAGCCCCUGAGUAUGGGAGAUUGAGAUGUCGGGAAUGGAAUGUACCUUUGCAUCAACUCUUCACGACGUUUCAUCGAUUCCCUACUACCUUUCCUGCCGACCGCAACAUGCAGCCAUCCAGCGAGCACGAGAUUCAGCAGCUGAAAGCCCGCGUGAAAACUCUGGAAGACGAAGUCGGCCACCUACACGAGAUGAUGAGACAACUAAUCCUCCAAGCCCUCCCUAACGCCAUCUCACCCACAUCGACCGAGGUGCGUGGCGACGCCGCAGCGCGACAUGACACCAGCUCUCCCACCCGAGGUCCCGCGACAUCGACCCAGAAAGCCGCGGCAUCUCUCCUCGUCCUCUUCCGAGACCGUGAGAUAAGCACGCCCACCACGUCGAUCUACUACGCUACGACAGAACACUUCACCGGAGAAGACGCAACCUCCCUCGAAAGUAGCGAGAUCAUCCCUGGCCACAUGGACGCAGACCUCCUACCAGCCAGCGACUUCAACCCAGAGAGCGGCCGAGUCUCUCCUCCUCUUGCACGCGAAGGAUCUCCUCCUCUCCUGUCAAGGCUAUGGACGGCUUUCUGGAGCGACGGAAGUCCGGCAACAGGUCGGAGGAGCAUGGCGCUCUCUCUCAUACAAAGCGAGUAG